AUGACUUGGGGGCUGCUGCUGGCGGUGUUUGCGCUGCUUCUGCUCGUGGUGCAGCUGUUGCGCUUCCUGCGGGCGGACGGCGACCUGAGCUUAAUGUGGGCCGAAUGGCAGGGGCGACGGCCAGAAUGGGAGCUGACUGAUAUGGUGGUGUGGGUUACUGGAGCAUCCAGUGGGAUUGGAGAGGAGCUGGCUUACCAGCUGUCGAAACUAGGAGUUUCUCUGGUGCUCUCAGCCAGAAGAGCGAACGAACUGGAAAGGGUGAAGAGAAAAUGCCUUGAGAAUGACAAUUUAAAAGAAAAAGACAUCCUUGUUUUACCCCUUGACCUGACCAACACAAAUUCUCAUGAAGUGGCUACCAAAGCUGUUCUCCAGGAGUUUGGUAAAAUCGACAUUCUGGUCAACAAUGGUGGACGAUCCCAGCGAUCUUUAUUGUUGGACACUAACCUGGAUGUUUAUAAGGAGCUGAUGGAUCUUAACUACCUAGGGACCGUGUCCCUGACAAAAUGUGUUUUGCCUCACAUGAUCGAGAGGAAACAAGGAAAGAUUGUUACCAUCAACAGCCUCAUGGGUGUCAUGUCAGCGCCUCUUGCCAGCGGCUAUUGUGCCAGCAAGCAUGCUCUUCGGGGUUUUUUUAAUGGCCUCAGAACUGAACUUGCCACAUACCCAGGUAUAACAAUUUCUACCAUUUACCCAGGACCUGUUCAGUCAAAUAUUGUGAAGAAUGCUUUUACUGAAGAAGUCAGAAAGUCCGUAGGCUGUGAGGGGGACCAGUCCUUCAAGAUGGCAACCAGCCGUUGUGUGCGUUUGAUAUUAAUCACUAUGGCCAAUGAUUUGAAAGAAGUUUGGAUCUCGGAUCAGCCUUUUUUGUUAAUGACGUAUUUGGGCCAAUAUAUGCCGACCUUCAUGUUGUGGCUCUCCAGCAAGUUAGGGAAGAGAAGGAUUGAGAAUUUUAAGAAUGGUGUGGAUGCAGAUUCCUCUUAUUUUAAACCCUUGAAGAAGAAGCAUGAGUGA